GCGACGUGUUAUACUCUGGAACUGUUAAUGACACAUACCACAACAGACCACACCACAGUCACAACGAGUGAGUAGCUGUUUGAAGACAUUCACUUAAACAGAGACCCCGUUUGAUGCUCAACCCGUUUUACUGACAAUGAAAUUCUUCAUUCUGUUGGUGCUGGUCACCAGCAUCAUCCACAUGAUCACAGCAGGAUCAGCUGCGCACAGGUGUUUCUGUCAGGUCACUGGGACCCUGGAUGAUUGUGCAUGUGAUAUUGAGACCAUUGACAAGUUCAACAACGGAGAUGUCUUUCCCAGACUGCAGAAAUUACUGUCAUCUGAUUAUUUCAGAUUUUACAAGGUCAAUCUAAACAACCCGUGUCCAUUCUGGACCGACAACAGCCAAUGUGGACUCAAAUACUGUGCUGUGAAACCAUGCACACCAAGUGAAGUACCCGAGGGCCUUAAAUCCAGCAGUUAUAUGUAUUCAGCAGAAGCCAGUCAGGAGAUUGAGGAGUGCGAGAUGGCAGAGAAACUUGGAGCUGUCAACAGUUCCCUCAGUGAUGAGACACGCCAGGCUCUACAAGAGUGGAAAAAACACGAUGAUGAUUCUGACCGUUUCUGCAUGCUAGAUGAUGAGGACUCACCUGACUCACAGUAUGUUGACCUCCUGCUAAAUCCUGAGCGUUUCACUGGCUAUAAAGGACCGGAGGCCUGGCGCAUAUGGAACAGCAUAUAUGAGGAGAACUGUUUCAAGCCUUACUCAGUCAAACGACCACUGAAUCCUUUGGUGUUUAACAGUGGAGACAUUGAUGGGCAGGGAUUCUACCACUGGCUGGAAGGCUUGUGCGUGGAGAAAAGAGCUUUCUUCAGGCUGAUUUCAGGACUGCAUGCCAGUAUAAACGUACAUCUGAGCGCCAGGUACCUACUAGAUGAGAAUUGGUUCAAGAUGAAGUGGGGUCACAAUGUCACGGAGUUCCAGGUGAGAUUUGAUGAAGAUUUGACAAAAGGAGAGGGACCAAAGAGGCUACGCAACCUCUACUUCCUGUACCUCAUUGAGCUGCGUGCUCUGGCUAAAGUUCUCCCUUACUUUGAGUUUUCUACUUUCCAUCUGUACACUGGCCAACCGGCACAAGACAGCGAGAACAAGAAACUGCUUUUAGAGCUCCUCCAAGUGGCCAAAUCUUUUCCAUUGCAUUUUGAUGAGACCACACUAUUUGCUGGAAACAACAAGGAGGCCAUGAAACUAAAAGAAGACUUCAAGCUCACCUUCAAAAACAUAUCACGUAUCAUGGACUGUGUUGAAUGCUUUAAAUGCAGACUUUGGGGUAAAUUACAGACACAGGGCCUGGGAACAGCACUUAAAAUCCUGUUUUCUGAAAGGCAAAUAGAGGCCAUGCCCAAUACAAGCAAGACCAAUCCAUCUUUUCAGCUCAGUCGGCAAGAAAUUGUCUCUCUGUUUAAUGCAUUUGGAAGAAUAUCGACAAGUGUCAGAGAGUUGAAGAACUUUCGCUCACUAUUGUCAAAGUCAGACAGUGACUGAAAAAAGAAAACUUUACAGAACCUUAUUUUACACCAAUUGUUUUUAACAGCACCUUACUGUAGUACUUGAUCACUUUAGCCCUAAGGCUUUUAUGGGUAUAGAGGAUAAUUGCAUCAUGAUAUGUGGUGACCAAAUAGGUGACGAAAAUUUGUCUGACUGCUUCUCAGGAACAAAAAACAAAAACACUUCAGAUUGAUUUACAAAGAGAGGCACAAUAUUUACAUAUUUUGUCAUUAUAUAGUCAAGUUACAAUUUCUUUCAAGAUUGAAUAUAUUUCUUUUUCUUUAGAAAGAUUAAUAGUUUAAAGUGUCAUAAUUCUGUAAUAUUUCUAUAUGUGCCUUUUGAAUCUUUGACAGUUGCAAGGUCAUCUAGAGUUUUUAGCACAUUGACUGAAUUACGUUGAAUUGUGUAUUUCAAUAAGAGAUCUGCUGUUUAUUUUGAA